AAAAAACAUACUGAACUGAUCGGUCGUCGGGUGUGGUGGUUAUUGUAUACAUUUUUAUAUCUGUCAACUAAAAGAUAUUUGCAAUCGAUAUUGCAAAUGUUGAGUGAAAUUUCCCGAAUAGGAUAGUUUUUAACUGUUGUCAUGAUUAUUUUUUAAAGAGUUAUAUUUAUAAAAGUGAAAAGUUUAAAAAAUGAACGAUUUAUAGGAGCUUGUUCAAUGAACCACAAGAAAAACGACCAUAGUGUAAGUCUCAUAUUCAGACGUGAUCUGCAAACAGAAUCAACUGCUGCAGCACCGGGGUGAUCAAGCAGCAGCGAUAUACGGACCGAGCCAAAAUGGAGGAGAACGUUAUCAGCAUGUUUAUGGAUGUGAAGCUGGACAUACGAGAACGGAAGUUGGAGUUCUCUCAUCUUAAGGGAUCUAUUUUUCAGACAUGGACUCGUUAUUUCGUGCGUGUGGAAGCCGUCAAAUGUUUUCCUUGCUACAUGAAAAUUUCAUUUUUCAAGUCACACACCGACGAAAGUACGGAUUUGAUAGUCCGCAUCAAUAUUCCAGGCCUGACGGUUCAGAUGGCUACAUCUCGCACUCGAGCACACACGUACGGUCUGUUUUGGAAGAACAAUCGAAAACGUUGCUGCGCAUACUUUGCCCUCCCCUCGCAGCUACUAUGCGAGCGCCAUUUACGUUGGAUGAAAAAAUCGAUCCGCAAUUUGGAGCUGUACCGGCAGGAAAUUUUACAGUUGCGUCGAGCCAGUCGAACGCCGAUACACGAAAUCAGACAGGAGAUACAACCAUAUCCAGCCGAUAACGAUCUUGGUAUAUAUCAGAAUCUUGAUAUUACGCAGAACAUGGCUGAUGUUCACGAUAUUCUCGGACCGCUACCGAAUGUACCUGACCAGUCGACUAACAUGUCCCGACGAAUCUCUGGAGUGUCCGGUAUUUACGAGGAAAUUUUCGACCCUACCAGAUCAUCAGUGUUUGCGAGUGGUCCUCGGAUGUCCAUUGCUUCCGGUAUAUAUGAGGAGAUGAAACUCACUGACAUUGGAGAGGAAGUUAGGAUGAACAACGAGACAGUAGAAGAAAAGGAUGAAGACAUCGCUCCUCCACUACCCCCUCGACCAAGGUCUAACACAAACGAGUUCGAAUUGCAGCGAUCAUUCACCACUCCUGAGGUGGAUUUCAUGAAAAAGAAGAAACAUUGGCAAUUAUUCGAGUCCAUGUUCGGUCGACGUCGUACCAACAGUGGAUCCGCAAGCUUACCUACUUCUGAAAGUAAAUCUCACAAAAAAGAAUCGCCGUCCACUAAAGUACCAUCACCGAGAAGACAGAAAGUUAUCUACCGCGAAAAAGUUGCUCAUCUGCGUUUAAUCGAAAAUAAGAGAAACAGUUUCUCCAGUCCAGAUCUCAGUCUACUUAAAGUGGAAUGUGACAAGGGCAGUAACGAGAUGAUGGCGGAUAAUCUUUCUGAUGAAGGCUCGUGUAGUUCGGAAUUUUACAUAAAAAAUGAAGUGGACUAUAUUGAAGAGGAUUGCUUUGUAUCGUCUGAGUUUUUAAAUUGUUCCUCAAUAGAAGAAUCUAUGGCCAAUUUGCUAAUAGCAGAACAACAAACUUGUAAUGCGAUGAAUGUGUCAGAACAGAUAGUUGCCAACUUCAACAGCUCAUGCAACUCAUCGACAGUGAACCUGGUCGGGUUCAAUUGCACCAUUACGCCCAAGGAAUAUUUGCCAUCACCUCUAACCGACUCUGCGCUAGUUGGCUACUGCGAAAUGGGAGCUUCUGGUACAGGAUUCAAUCGUCAAAAACUCACAGCCAUCGAACUACGCAGCAAGAACGCAGAAGAACCUGUAAUAGCGGAAUCACUGUACAUGAACAUGGAAAGCAAUUGUACGAACAAAGAUGAGACCAGUCGAUCAAGCUCAACAAGCAGUGGGGUUAGUAGUACUUACAGCAACCGGAGUAGUGUUUGUAGCUCUAGUAAACCCAGAAACUCGAUCGAUGAUAAAAUACCUUCUUACUACCCAAACGAAGAUUUUCGAGCACAACAGCGAGACGUAAAAAUUUCAGUUUCUAACAAAAGUCCUAAGAAUCGUGAGGCAACCACCAGAAAGUUCGACCAACAAGUUGAAAACCACUAUGUCGCUAUGUCAGCUCCUAAAAAUAGUCACCGAAAAAGUUCUCCUCAAUCAAGACCUCCAAUUUCACGCUGCAAUAAAUCAGCCCAAAAAUCUCCAUGCAGUAGAGCAAAGCAAAGCAGUCGAACUCUCAGUUUCGAACAGUCUGACCCACCGAAUCCUAUGCUAAUCGUAACUGAUACCUCCCCAACAAAGAAUAGUGAAAAUAACCCUCCGGAAACGACGCCAAAGCGUCAUCAAAAGUAUGCUACUAUUGCGCGCAGCCUAUCUCCCUCAUCUAGCAAAUACCAGGAAAAAAACUCAGGUCGAAAAGAUACCGAUUCAAUGGCAAUCGGCAGUAGCAAGCGGUUCGGUUCCUUGCCUCGUUUUGGCAAAAUUGAUCUAUCACCUUUGCGACUUAAAAUCAAUAGCGUAUUGCAACGACAUAAUCCGGAAAAUCUUUGAGACAUUUUUGGCUCUAGGGUCUUUUUCCACACAACUAUGGCGUCCCCAAGAAUAUUGCAAUAUCAUUAAUUAUAAAUUAAAGCAGACAUCGAAUGCUCAAUUCCUAAGCUAAGCUUCUCGAUAAAAAAUGCAUAUCUCAAAUCAAAAUGUUAUUUUUGCUUCGUAAUGUUUUAGGCAAUGGUUAGUAAUUUGGUUAUCAAAGCUGUUUUCUGUCUGUUGUUUCAAAGUGUCAUUGAAAGUUAAUUAUACCCACAACAUAUUAUACAUCCUUAGCUCUGCUUUCUGCCUUCCUAAGCUUUCGAUCGAAAAUCAUCACAAUAGGAUGUACCUAAAUACAUAGUUUAGCAUAAAUGCAAGUUUUAGCUUAUAUUGCCUGCUCCUGAAUAUAAACACACGAAUAUUUUACAGAAGGCACCAUCCCCUGUGAUCUAUACAAGAAGGUACAAUUUCUCACGAAACCAUCGAAUACCGAAACUGACAGAAUCUCAAUUAAGAACGGAGCCUUAUGGGAAUUGUAGUCAAAAAAUAUUCAAAACAAUGAUAUUAACGAAACUCGACUUUUAGAUAGCAUGUUAUUAUAUAUUAGGUACGCGUUCGGUGCAUUGUUCAAAUAAAAUUCUGGAAAAAGUAAGCCACAUUGCAUAUCAAGUAGAAAGCAGCUUUUGUGAUUGUGGAUGAUUAAAAUCUAUUAUAGAAGAAACAAAUUUAUGCUGACGCUUUUUACUAUCAGUACUUUUACUGAUGCUAUUGUGAUUCAACGAACAUUGUAAAACGUACAAAACCUUCAAGAAAAUAUAUAUCAAUAUUCAGUAAAGAAAA